GCCACUCACUUCCGGUCCGCGCAGGCCGGGGCAGGUGCUGAGCGCGCAGGCAGUCAAGGCCGCGGCUGGGCGGGAACGGAGCGGAGGUUGCCAGCUCGGCGGGGCAGCUGCGGCCUGGAAGGUCGCCUCUCCACGCACAGCCGUGGUCUCAGGCUUGCUGGAGCUUGAAGAUGCUGAAAGAGCGCCUGGAGAUGGCAGAAGAUCCUCAGCAGCGGAUGGGUGUUCCAGUGGUGAAACUGGAGAAGGAGCUGCCAUGGGGCCGGGGAGGGGAGGACUCCAGUCCUGAGGCAUUCCGGCUGAGGUUUCGGCAGUUCCGCUACCAAGAGGCAGCUGGUCCCCAGGAAGCCCUCAGGGAGCUCCAAGAACUCUGUCGGCGGUGGCUGCAGCCAGAGCUGCACAGCAAGGAGCAGAUCCUGGAGCUGCUUGUGCUGGAGCAGUUCCUCACCAUCCUGCCCCGAGAGCUCUACACCUGGAUCCGAGAGCACAGCCCAGACAGCGGCAAGGCUUUGGUGGCCAUGGUGGAGGACCUGAUGGAGAGCACACCGGAGGCCAAGGCGGUUCCAUGCCAUGCCCAGGGAGAACAGCUGGUCACAGCCCUUGGUGGAGGAUCUUGGCAAUCAGGCAUCAACUUGGGGCCAGUAGAAGUCAAGCCUGAAUGGGGGAUGCUGCAGGGGGAAGGAGUUCAAAGCCUGGGCCCAAGCACUGCAGAACAGCUGAGCCAGGGCCCUGGAGAUGGGACACAGGCUUUCCAAGAGCAAGCACUGCCCAUUCUUCAUGCGGGUCCAGGUCUUCCCUCUGUGAGCACCAGAGACCAAGAAAUUGCUGCUGGGUUCCUUGCAGCAACAUCCCAGGGUCUGGGGCCUUUUAAAGACAUGGCUCUGGCUUUUCCUGAAGAGGAAUGGAGGCACGUGGCCCCAGCUCAGAUUGACUGCUUCGGGGAGUAUGUGGAAUCACAAGACUGUGGGGUCCUUCCAGGUUCUGGGAACAAGGAGAAGGAGGCCAAACCCCAGCAGGAAGAUCUGAAACGAGCAUUUGUUGGGUUGACUUCUGAUGGGUUUGGAGAAACUGCCAUCCAGGUUCCUGGACCAGGGGGUGCCUGUGAGCAGGAGCCUGGGGGAUCUGGAGCCAGUUUACCUGGGCUCUCUGCUCCUCAGCAUGGGGUCCCCCUGCCAGACACCCUUAACACUCACAAUUCUUUCUGGAAACCUUUCCAGUGCCCUGAGUGUGGAAAAGGCUUUAGUCGCAGCUCCAACCUUGUCAGACACCAGCGAACACAUGAAGAGGAGAAGUCCUUUGGCUGUGUGGAGUGCGGGAAAGGUUUCACCCUGAGGGAGUACCUCACCAAACAUCAGAGGACCCACCUGGGCAAGAGGCCCUAUGUGUGUGGUGAGUGCUGGAAGACCUUUAGCCAGAGGCAUCACCUGGAGGUGCACCAGCGCAGCCACACAGGGGAGAAACCCUAUAAGUGUGCGGACUGCUGGAAGGGCUUUAGCCGGAGGCAGCACCUGCUGGUACAUCGCAGGACACACACUGGGGAGAAGCCCUACACCUGCGAGUGUGGCAAGAGCUUCAGCAGGAAUGCCAACCUGGCGGUGCACCGACGUGCACACACUGGAGAGAAGCCCUAUGGCUGCCAGGUGUGCGGCAAGCGCUUCAGCAAGGGGGAGCGGCUGGUGCGGCACCAGAGGAUCCACACGGGCGAGAAGCCGUACCACUGCCCCGCCUGCGGCCGCAGCUUCAACCAGAGGUCCAUCCUCAACAGGCACCAGAAGACCCAGCAUCGCCAGGAGCCCCCUGUGCAGUGAACAUAUCGUGAAAUGGCUCUGCUUUGGGGGUGACUUGCAUUGUGCCGAGUGGUCUGGGCAGUGCCCAGUGAAGGACACUAGAACGUGCUCAAGCAAGAGGAGGACAGAGCCUGGUGUAUGGAGAGCUUCCAGAGGGCCCACAGUUUCCUUCACCUGUUGUAGGGAAACAUAAUCCUAAGCUUCAGUUUUUUUUUGGGGGGGGGUGGUUGGGAACCCACCUCCUGAGCAAGUUUGGAGGUAAGGGCAAAAUUUUAUUGCAUAUUGACAACUUGAAGCUCAUUUUUCUUUUCAUUUUGAGAUAAGGACUCAUAUUAUUUAAGUUGGUCUCAGACUAGUCGUGUAGCUAAAGAUGAUCUUGAACUUCUGAUGCUCCUGCCUCCAUCUUCCCAGUGCAGGGAUUAUUGGAAUGUGCCACCAUACCUGGCUUAUGCUAUGUUGGAAAUGAAACCGAAGAUUUUGUGCAUGCUAGGUGGGGUACCCACUGACUGAGGUAUGUGCCCAGCCUUGAAACUCAAUUUUUAGAGAGCUUUGUCUUGCCUGCGAGAUCUUUAGCUCAGGCCUGCCUUCCCUCUGUUUUUCAUUUGAAAAUAUUUAUUAAGCACCUACUGUGCUCCUGGCUCAGAGAAUGCCAUGGUGAUUGGGACCAGUGAGAUCUUGGAGCUUGUGAGCAAAGCCAGAGCAGUAGCUUUUAAGUAUCCCAAAGCACGUGUUGUUGCAAGUGCCACAUCAGAACUUUGGUACACUCCUGUGCUGGCCUGUCUGUGUGAGGUCUCACAUGCCCUCCACCUCAGGUGGGAACUUCUCUUGUGCAGCCUUGUUUAUUGAAUAGCUUUCUUGGCAGCCUUAUUGUCGUGGACUAGAACGUUCUACCUUCAUCUGUAAAGUCUCCCCCUCCCAUUACUCCUUGCACUGUAACCACAGCUACUAGGAAAUUAAUAUUUUGCUACUGAUCAUUGAAUAAACAUGAACAUAUUUUAAGACAA